UGAAACUUGACACGUGAAGGUCCUUUGCACUCGGCACAUCAAUGACAAUUGCAACAUAUCUCGAUGUCAGACUCUGAUGGCGACCAAGCGGGUGUGCCUCUCAUAGAGGAUAUCUCAUCAUCCGACAACGAUCAAGCCACGAAGAAGAGGAAGCGCAGCAAUGAGGACUCUGCGGAAGCGAAGAAAGCCGCCAGGAAAAAGAAGCGCACAUUGAAGAAGCCCAAGGACAUUGAGGACGAAAGUCUGGACGCUGAGUUGGGUGUCAAUCAUGCGAUUGCGCACAUGGAUAGUCGGCUGCUGGUGGAUCAUCUUGCGCAACGGACGAAGAGAUUCAAACCCGAUCUAAGCUUGAUGGAACUGGAGGACAUGUUUGUACCUGGGGGAGCAAUUGUCGACACAACAAAAUACGAACAGCCUCGGACAACCGAAAACAUUGCACCGUUCCUCGAGCAAUUUGCUGCACCGAGGAGAACGAACACCCGAGGAGCGAAGAAGCUCUCAGAUGCACCACCAAAGAAUGGUACUCCGCAUACAUUGGUAGUGGCAGGAGCUGGGCUACGAGCAGCGGAUGUCACACGAGCGUUGAGGAAAUUUCAGAGUGAGAAGUCCAUGGUUGCGAAGCUGUUCGCUAAGCACAUCAAGAUCAAGGAGGCAAUAGAGAUGGUUUCAAAGACGAGGAUGGGCAUUGGCGUUGGCACCCCACAGCGGCUCAUCGAUCUAAUGAAUGACGGUAUGUUAUUACAGCGCAGGUGCUUUGUUAUGGUACGUAAUGAAACUAACGCUUCUUCCAUAGGUGCGCUAUCAACGAAAGAUCUCGAGCGCAUCGUGAUCGAUGCAUCACAUAUCGAUCAGAAGAAGCGGGGUAUUUUGGAUAUGAAGGAUACGGCACUGCAACUCGUCCAACUCCUCACACGACCCGACUUGAAGGAGAAGUAUACAAAAGAAGCCGACGAUAAAGGAGUGGAGUUGCUUUUCUUCUGAACCGACUUGAUCAAGUAAAGAGACAUGGCUUGGCACAGGACGAGCGGUGCUCGCGACACU